CACAUCUAAUGGCGGAAAUGGACAUCCCUACAUGAAAACUCAAAAUUGUUGUUUUCAUAAAAAGCCGAUUUGCUGCUCCGGCCUCACUUUAACGUUAAAACAUGGGGAAUGGAAUGAACAAGGUCCUUCCUGGACUUUAUCUUGGCAACAUCAGAGAUGCCAAGGACAAGGAACAGUUAACAAAGUAUGGAAUAACACAUGUUGUGUCCAUUCAUGAUAAUGCACAGGCACUGAAUGAGAAUCUAAUUUACAAGUGUUUUCAUGCAGCUGAUUCUCCUGAUCAAGAAAUAUCAGUUUACUUCAAGGAGAGCAUUGAUUUUAUUCACAACUGCAGGUUAAACGGUGGAGCAUGCUUAGUUCAUUGCAUGGCGGGAGUGUCUCGCUCAACAACACUUGUAGCAGCGUAUAUCAUGGCAGUAACUCAGCUCGAUUGGAGAGAGGCUCUUAAAGCAAUUAAAUGUGCAAGACCUAUAGCUAACCCAAAUUACGGAUUUAAAAGACAACUACAAGAUUUCUACAACUUACAUGCACCUCAGGAACGUGAAAGACUAAAAAGAGAGUUUCCUAACCCAAAAUAUAAUGACGAGGAAUUACUCCGAGACGUUAUGGCAAAAAGUGAGAACAACGAUGAUUCAGAAGAUCGCACGGAUGAUGUUAUGGACGCUUUAUGUAGACAUACACACAGGACUAAAAUUCAAUCAAUCGACAAGGAAAAUGAGGAAACAAUGGAUUCCAUAGGCGAGGAAAAGAUUGACUCAAUAGGCGAGGAACCUCCACCGAAUACAGCUGUAGAGAAUUAGAAUAUUUUCGUAGGGUUUUUUGCUUUGUUUUUCAGUUUUUUUCGCGAUUUAUACUUCACUAGUUACAUGUAUUAGAAGAGAAAUCAUCACAAAUGGAAGUUAUACACAAAUUCUAAUCCAAUUCCCACACUGGUGCUUUUACAUAAAGUCUCAGAUGUUCGUUUUAUUGCUAUUUAAGCAAUAGACCGCACUUUCAAUCGGUUUACCGUCGUAAAACCCCUCGUGGGAUGCUGACAGAACAUGAGAAAUGUUUGUAAUUCGUACACGCCAAGGGCACGUGGUGUACAAACUUUUUUAGUGUUCUCCUAACAUUACGCCAAUAAAACAAUAGUAAGUGCGGUCUAUUGCUUUUAUGAAAUACACGAGACAAGUUUCAAUUUUCUUUGGGUUACAAGCAAUAAACGAUAGGUGUUUGACCAAUUAUGGCCCUCGUAGUAUCUCAGUGAUUUUAGAAACCAAGACAGUCUUGUACACCUAAAACGCCGUAAGAAUUUCUGUCUCACGGGACUCAAAGCGGAUUAAUAUGGGCGGCGAUCAUGCGCCGUUGUAAUAUUAGCUGAAUAUUUGAGAUUAUAUUUUUAUAAAGAAGCUUGUACAAAUAAGUUACUUAUUAAACUGAUUGUAAA